CCGCGAUGCCGCUUGGCCCUGCCGCCCCCUGCGAGCGCCGCGCUGGGGACCCCGCCUGCGCCUGAGCUGCGGUGAGCCCCGAACCAGCCUCCCAGCUGACGACUGACUGCUGCUUCCGCCAGCCUGUGUCCCUUAUCUAGGCCUGUCACUGCGGAACCCCUCAGUAGGGGCUGCAGAAUGAAAGAGGGCAUGUCCAAUAACAGUACCACUAGCAUCUCUCAGGCCCGGAAGGCUGUGGAGCAGCUGAAGAUGGAGGCCUGCAUGGACAGGGUGAAGGUGUCCCAGGCAGCAGCAGACCUCCUGGCAUACUGUGAAGCCCACGUGCGGGAGGACCCCCUCAUCAUCCCAGUGCCCGCGUCAGAGAACCCCUUCCGGGAGAAGAAGUUCUUCUGUACCAUCCUCUGAGGCCUUCGGUGAUGGACCACCUCCUUUGCUGUAGAAACCCCCUAUGAAGACAGUGCAUGCUCUUAGACUAGGGAGCCGCCAUGGCUGGGCUCAAUUCAUUUUUUCUUUGUAUUUGUCAUGCUAUUUAAUUUUUUUUUCAUUUUUGUUAUUUUUCAUUCAUAGUAAAGAAAAUAGACAUUUUUGUAUCCAAAUAACAAAUGUGCCAUGUAAAACUAAGCAUGGGUUUAAGAGUUUACAAUUUUCUAAACAUCUGUUCUCAAGUUUAAAUACAUCAAGGUAAUCAGUGUCAGUGGAUAAUUUACUGAAAUGAAAAAUUAUGCUCAAGUAGUCUCAUUGGCAGCAAUCCUGUGUCCAGUGACAGGUUGGGGUCCAGCCCAAAUGUGUAAAUAGGGUUCCCUCCAGCAGCUCUGGGAGUCCUCAUGUGUGACUUUCCAUCACCCUGUGAAAAAUGAAUAACUUGCUGGGUGGGAACAGCACAAAACCCUCUGGGGAUCCAGCAGGAUGGGCCCUACCCUCUAGGGACAGACUAGAGUGUCACAGUUUAAGGCGUGCUAUCCCCUUGUGUGAGCAUUGCCAUAUUUAACCUUCCAAAAGUAAGUGCGUGAGUGUAGAUCUGUUUUAGAGGUGGGGAAACUAAGGCAGGGGACCUUGAUAACGGUUUGCCCAAGGUUGUAUGGAAUAAGCAGGAGAGCAGGGUGUUGGUGCAGGCAGCCUGACUCCAUAGCCCUUCCUGGACUCUGGAGCUGGGGUACCUUCCAGGCGCCUGUCUGCAGAUAAGCUGCACCUGUCUGCAGGUAACCUACACCUGCAGACAAUCUUGACUACACAUUGGGAAGCCAGCAUGUUAGUGACACUGGCCGACAGCUGCUCAAUAGCACACUUCUCUACCUACCUUCGCCAGGAGGGAACUUGAUGAGCCCAUUUGCUGAUAGUCUCUAGGUGCCCCAGGGAAAGGCUAGACCUACCAUUAGCUCUUGCAUUCCUAGAUACUUGCAUUCCUGGCUAGACCACUCUCCUGCCAUCCUAAUGAAGUCAUAGCAUGGAGGGUUCUGUGUCUUAAGUUUGUUCUAUCACAUCUGUUCGGAAACUGCCUCUGCCCCAGCUCUGCCAGAGGGUUGCUGCAUCGUGCAGUACAAGCCAUUGUGUGCCAGAGCUGUUCCAGCCUGCAACUGGGGACAAUGGUAAUUACCCUGCAUUUCUUUCUAGAAGGAAAUUGAGGAAAGCUCUGAUUAUCAUUUAAAGCAAAUACAUGUACUAAAUGCCAAGCUAUAAUGCUGGGAAGAACGUAUGUCUUCAAAAAUAGCAGUGCUUCAUUUGGGUGAAGAAUGUAAACUUGUCUAUGAAGAGGCAAAUAUAAUUUUCAGAUCAGUUAAUGACUUGCUGGCUGGAUAGACAGUUCUACACAUUGCCAUGCCUAGCUGCUUUUGCUGGAAGCAUCUUCAGUUUCGUGGGCACUCACUGAUGAGACCCAGCGUAGUCAGGGAGCUGUGUGCUUGUACCACAGCAGAACUGGACACUGCAUGGAUACAACUUCCAGUCCUCCUGUGGACUGGGUUGUGACUGGGAUCUCCUUAUUCUGUGAUCUACAUUAUUAUCACUAACUGCUAAUACAAAGCACAGUCCAUGAAAGGACAUGGGGCAUCUGUUGCAGGUCAUUUCUACCUUAGGUCAAGUUUAUGGGCCUGGCCUGUUGGAUAUGUGUUCCCCUGAUCAGUGAGGUCCCAUGCAGUGAGCCCCUCUACCUCAUGGGCUGCCUGCAUUGAACAGCUGUUAUUUUGUUUUCCUCUUGGGGUUCAUCAUGAUCUGCCUAUCCUGCUAGGGAAUGUUACUCUGAUAUAAUGCAUUUAGUGAAAUGUAGUGCCUGCUUCCCACUGUGGAAGCUGAAGCAGGAAGGUGUCUCUAUUUCUCAGACACCUCCUUUCCAGCUUGAUUCCUUAGGCAAGUAGUCAGGGAUCCAGGCUACUUGGACAUCCUGCUUGGUGCCGUGAGUCUGGAGCAGGUAACACAGAAAUGAAGGAUUACAAUGGCCCAGGGUGCCACUGUCUGGCAGGGGAGGUGUCUAAAGCUGGUGGGCCAAGGGAAGGGUGUCUAGGGAUGGGGUGGAAGGGCCCUUUGAAGACCAUCCUGGCCCCCUGAGCAGGCUUCUCCAUCCUGUCUCCCUAUAGCUCCCUGCUAGCUUUCUGUUAAUGCUGUGGCCACCAGAUCCACCAAGUAAAUUCUUUAUUCCAUGAAAUUGCCCGCAUAGAUACAUAGAUACUAUAUGACCUAAUGUUUCCACCCUAGGUGUGGGCCCUACAGAAAUGGGCCCAUAUAAUUCACCAAAAGAAAUGUGCCAAAGUGUUCAUAGCUGCAGUGUUCAUAAUAACCCUAACUUAUAAAAUACCCACAUGUCAAGGAGGAUAGUCACAGGAGGAAUCCUCUACAGCCAUGGCAAUGAGUAGUCUGCGCAUCCUCCACAGUAGGACACACAGCAAGGUGAGGCACAUAGGGACCCAAGUUACGUCUAAGGGGACAGUAACCCAAAGGAAGCCUGGUGCAGUUUCCAGAAUGUUCCAUUCCUUAAUCCAGUUGCCUGUCAUCCAGUGUGUUGAGAUUGUGAUAAUUCUCUUAGCUGUAUACUUUCAGUUUGGGUGCUCCUCUGUAUGUUGUACUUCAAUAAAAAGUU